UCAUCAUCGUCUUGCAGAUACUGUUUUUUUUUCUGAGAUUGGAGUCUAUUUUCAAGUUAAAGGAGGCAAAGAGUUCCGACAUUGUCGCGAUUGCUCCUUGUAUAGAGGAGAAACUUCUGGAACCAUAGCCACAUUUGUGAUAGUUGAUCGGUGGACUGUGACUGUCGCAUCUGUUGGAGAUUCUCGUUGUAUACUAGAUACUCAAGGUGGUGUUGUUACCACCUUAACAGUUGAUCACAGACUGGAAGAGAAUAUUGAAGAGAGGGAACAUGUUACAGCUAGUGGAGGUGAAGUUGGGAGGCUUAGCAUUGUUGGUGGUGCCGAGCUAUCAAAAACUGGUGGGAGGCUUAUAAUUGCUUCUGAUGGCAUAUGGGAUGCUCUAUCAUCAGAAAUGGCUGCAAAAUCUUGCCGUGGUUUGCCUGCCCAACUUGCUGAUAUGCAGGUUGUCAAGGAAGCACUAAAAACAAGAGGUUUAAAGGAUGAUACAACAUGCAUAGUAGUUGACAUAAUCCCACCUGAUAAUGAAUUGUCGUCAACACCUCCCCCGAGAAAGAGGAACAAGUUGAUAGAUUUUUUCUUUAGAAAGAAGUCUUGUGAUUCUGCUGGUAAGCUAUCAAAGAAGCUUUCAGUUAUAAAUAUAAUGGAAGAACUGUUUGAAGAAGGAUCAACAAUGCUUGCUGAAAGGUAAUCUUUCAUUCUCUUUUAUAGGCAAAAGUUUUGAAUUGAUGAGUACUGGAAAAACAAGUUUUCAAGCCAAUUUCAUUAUGUGUUGUGUCAGUUGUGAGUUUGUUCUUGUCUGGAAGAAAUAACAUGAUUGAAAUAUUGUGUACCUUGUUGAGUAAGACUUAAUCAAGCCAUUCAAAGGUUUUCUUUUCCUCACUAA